CAAGGUCAAAAGCCACCCUCUCCCACCAAUCAAUGCACCCCACAAAGUUACAAAACACACCAGCAGAGGUCAGCUCAGUUUCUCUCCAUAGUCUCAUUUCAACUCCUCUCUUUACUCUCUCAGAGGUCACCACCAACAACACUGCCUCUCACUGCCCACUUAUAUAUUAAUCCUACUAGGAUUUUCUCUGAUAUAGAAGAAGACACUCAUCUCUCUCUUUUACCAGUCUUAUCCUUCUACUUUUCUUCUUCAAACAAAAUGGGGGGCUCAUGCUUAAGCUGAUUUUGUGAUUUUUAACCUGUUUUGAUAGAAUCCCAUUUCAAGAACCGAGCUUUUCCUUGGAUUUGGUUGGAAAAAAGGGGUUCUUGUUUUCCCUAUCUGAAAAAGAAAGGAUUUUUAGCUUUUUGGUGUGGCAAAGUGAAAGAAAUUGAAAUGGGGAGUAAAUGGAGGAAAUUGAAGCUCGCUUUUGGGCUGAAUCUGUGUGUGUACAGUCCCAGAAAUCAUGUGGCCGACAAUGAUGACUCGCCGCCGCCGUCACAGCGGCGCUCCGACGCCGCCCUUCUUUCUCCGCCGGGUGACUGGACAUCUGCUCCCACCACUCCCUCUUCCAAUAGGCUCAGAUUCUCCAAGAGUUUGAGUAGAUCUUCUUCCAAGAAGACUUGCUCCAUAUGUUUGGCGACGAUGAGGCGUGGAGACGGGCAGGCGAUUUUCACAGCCGAGUGCUCCCACUCCUUCCAUUUCCAUUGCAUUGCUUCAAAUGUUAAACAUGGCAACCAAAUCUGCCCUGUUUGCAGAGCAAAAUGGAAAGAGAUUCCUCUGCAAGGCCCAACCUUGGAGCCUCCAAAGGGUAGAGCAAGAACAAAUUCAGUAGAUUGGCACCACAACAAUGACUUCAUGACCGUGAUCCGUCGUCCACCCCCUGCUCGGUCGAACUCCUCGCGUAAUGCUGCCCCAUUAUUUCAGGCUCCCGAUCCAGCAGUCUUCAAUGAUGACGAGUCCCUGGAUCACGAGAUAGACUCUACCAAGAAGAGCUUAUCCGUCGUCUCUGGUGGUGAUGAUGAUCAGAGGAAAGUUACUGUCUUGACAUACACCGAGGUUCCAUCUGUUGCAAAGUCGAGCGUGUCAGACAGUUUCACCGUCUUGCUCCACCUGAAAGCUCCGCUCUCCAAUUCUUGGUACAAUGCUGCCAGGAACACCAAAAUCACGCAGACUCCUCGUGCUCCUGUGGAUCUCGUCACUGUCCUUGACAUCAGCGGGAGCAUGGCGGGGACUAAGCUUGCGCUGCUUAAACGAGCUAUGGGGUUCGUUAUACAGAAUCUUGGCCCCAAUGAUAGGCUGGCUGUCAUAGCCUUCUCAUCAACAGCGCGUCGCCUUUUCCCCCUCCGGAGAAUGUCUGAAUCCGGGCGCCAGCAGGCUCUGCAAGCUGUUAACUCUCUGGUUGCCAAUGGAGGAACCAACAUUGCUGAGGGGUUGAGAAAGGGGGCGAAAAUAAUGGAAGACCGGCACGAAAGCAACCCUGUUGCCAGUAUAAUCCUGUUGUCGGAUGGACAGGAUACAUAUACAGUCAACAGCAACGCGGGCAGCCAGAACUACCAGCUGCUGCUUCCAUUGUCCAUUUGUCCAGAUGAAGCCUCAGGUUUCAAGAUUCCGGUUCAUGCAUUCGGCUUUGGUGCUGAUCAUGAUGCAUCGUUGAUGCACUCGAUCUCGGAGAUCUCGGGAGGAACCUUUUCUUUCAUCGAGACCGAGAGCGUGAUUCAGGAUGCAUUUGCUCAGUGCAUCGGUGGCCUUCUGAGCAUCGUGGUGAAGGCUCUGAGCGUUAAAAUCGAGUGUGUUCAUCCGAGUGUUCGUCUUGGCUCACUGAAAGCUGGAAGUUACCGCAACCGGAUCUUGUCCAAUCAACGGAUAGGAACUAUCGACGUUGGAGAUCUGUAUGCAGAUGAGGAGAGGGACUUCCUGCUCUCCGUCAACGUUCCUUCCGAGACAUCAAGAAACGAGACAUCGCUGUUGAAGGUGACGUCCGUCUACAACGACCCCUUGACAAAAGAAUCAGUAUCCCUAGAAGCCAAGGAGGUCAGAAUCGAGAGGACCGACCUGGCUAGACGAGAAGACGUCUCAAUUGAAGUCGACAGACAACACAACAGGAUCCGAGCAGCGGAGGCCAUGGCACAAGCUCGAACUGCAGCUGAGAACAGAGACCUUGCCGGUGCUGUCUCCAUACUGGAGAACGUGCGCAAGGCUCUAUCAACAACCGUAUCAGCUAAGUCACGCGACAGGCUCUGUGUAUCACUCGACGCUGAUCUCAAGGAAAUGCAAGAGAGGAUGGCGAGCAGGCACGUCUAUGAAGCAUCGGGGCGGGCCUAUAUUCUCUCCGGACUAAGCUCACACUCAUGGCAGAGAGCGACAGCCAGGGGCGAUUCGAUGGAUGGUUCAAGCCUCGUGCAAGCAUACCAGACACCUUCGAUGGUCGAGAUGGUGACACAUUCACAGGCCACGUUGCUGGCUACCCCCUCGGCUCAGAGGCUACUCCGGCCAUCGUGGUCGUUUGCUUCACAACCGAAGCCAAGAUAGGAUAACAACUGGUGUUUCUUAGUCUAUUUGAUUGUUGGGGGUGGUGUAGAUAAAGGUAUAUGGUUUAUUAGCUUUGUAUUGUUGAGAUAUGAACUAUCCACUUUAAAUAUAAGAAUCUGCAAUGUUAUUCUGUUUA